AAGUUCCUGUGGAAACAAAGUAGAAUUUCGAAGAGCAUAAUGGAUGGAGAGGAGAAAACUUACGGUGGCUGUGAAGGCCCAGAUGCCAUGUAUGUCAAAUUGAUAUCUUCUGAUGGUCAUGAAUUUAUUGUAAAAAGAGAACAUGCACUAACAUCAGGAACAAUAAAAGCCAUGUUGAGUGGCCCAGGUCAGUUUGCUGAAAAUGAAACCAAUGAGGUCAAUUUUAGAGAGAUCCCUUCACACGUGCUAUCAAAAGUUUGCAUGUAUUUUACCUACAAGGUUCGCUACACUAACAGCUCCACUGAGAUUCCCGAAUUCCCAAUUGCACCUGAAAUUGCACUGGAACUGCUGAUGGCUGCGAACUUCUUAGAUUGUUAAAUAAAAUAAAUUAUAAUAAUAAACUGUUAACUUUUUCCAGUAUUUAA